CGGGCCGAAGCAGGCUGAGCGGGGCUGAGAGGGGAGGAGGGGGAGGGGUCGGAGACCCCGCCCCCCUAGAGCCUGGGGAAAUCGUACUGUCCUGUGGAAGGGGUUGGCGGCAGUAUGUUGAGGGGACUGAGGCGUAGUGGUCCCCGUGUUUCCUGGCGGCCGAAGCAAGAACCUUCGGGUACGUGGAACGCGCUCCAGGCUUCUUUCUUUGCAGCCACCGCCCUCCGCCCCCUCUUGAGGCCUGCAGAAACGCAGUUAGUUCGUACCGCCCUCCCAUUGCUUCCGUGCCAACUGGCCCCCCCGGCACCGUGGGAGGAGUGGUCGAGGCCCCUUCAUUUCCCGCAGUUUUUUACCCCGCCUCUCAGCUGGCUCGAGAAUUCCCCCCGAAGGCUCCCUGCCCAGGCGAGCCCCAUCACUUGCCACCACUAACUACGCCGCAACACACGCAGAUACCCUCACCCGUGAUUUUAUCGCCCGUGAUUUUAUCGCCCGUGAUCGUGCUAGGCCUUGGAGACCACCUGGCCUGUGGCUUUUCAGCUGCACCGUGACGGACCCGAGCUUCCUCUCAAGCCAAUGACUGCAGUCUCCACUUGCAACUUCCCUCCCCCACCCCUAACAGCCAGUUUUGGCACUUUUCUCAACACCACCGCUACCCUCAGCGGGAGUAUAUGGGGCCUGCUUCUUACCUGGUUUCGCGAAAAGUUUGUUAGUUUGUAUGUUAGUUUUUCAGAAAGGUGCCAGCCCGAUUUUUAUUUUUCUGGGCCUUGAUGUUCUUGUCUUCUAGGCGCCUUGAUAACCCUGUCUGCCUUGGUCCUGGGGAGCAGGGCCACAUCCAGGCUCUACUUAGAGGCUAGGCUUAGAACUGUUGCUUUUUCUCUCUGUCCACAUUCUGCAGGUGACACCCAGGGCAGCCUCACUCAGAAGCCACAAGGAAAGCUAGUGGAGUCCCUCAUCCCUCCAACUUCUCUUCCAAGCUGCCCCAUGGCCCUUGAUCCAGAAAGCCACUUCAGAAAGGUUGUGGGACAGCCAUGGGAGGCUUGUUGCUGGGAAAUGUAUGACAGCGGAACAGUUAGGCUGUACCCGUUUUGCACUCUUUCUGUAUACCAUAUUGCAGUAGACAGUCAUUUCAAGGGCACAGCAAGGUUUACUACGAAGUGAGGGACUCUUGGGCAUUAUAAACUAUGCAGAUGAGGUAAGUUACAGGUGUACAACAUUUUUUUUCCAGCUAAUUGGGCACGGACGUAAAACACAUAUAGCAGUCCUAGACUCCUUUCCUCCUUUGAAUUUGGCCAGCACUAGAAAAGUUGGAUCCCUUCUGCUCGAACCUCAGAUUUAUCUCCUUUGCCUUAGGUACUGGUCCUCAGACUUACCAAGCAUCUUAAACCCCUGAAGGGCUUGUGAAAUACAGAUUACUGGGGCCACCCCCAGAGUUACUGAUUAUAGGUCAGGGCUGGGGCUUGAUCAUUUGCAUUUGUAACACGUUCUCUGGUGCUGGUGCGCUGGUCUGGGCUUCCCCACGUUGAGAACCACUGCCUUUGGCCAGACUUCUUCACACAAACAUUGCAGUGGUUUGGACAUCAAAAGACCUGUGUGUGAGUACUUCUGUGCUUGAAACUAGCACGAUGAUCUUGUGUGGGUAAUUUAACCACUUAGGUCUGAGUUCUUUGAUUUGUAAAACUAAGAAAGUGUACUUCAAAGAAACUCGAAGUGCUACAUUUUCUUAAGCUGAAUUGAAGCUGAAAUACUGGUGAGUUCUUUCCCUUGAUUUUCUUAAUUCUCUUGAUAGGAGCUUCUAUUUUUAUGAUAUCACUUAUACCCAUAUUCUAGGCUUUUGCUGUGAGUUCCUAGUAUGCCAAAGUCCCGGCUAUUUUUUAACUACAUGUUAAAUUCUUUAAGGUCAGGGCCUGUGCUUUUUUCAUCUUUCUUUGCCCAGCACCUUGACUUGUGUGGGACACACAAUUGAUGCUCAGUAGAUACUUCUUGGAUGAAUGAACUCCAUCCCCUGCCUUCUUCUCUUGGAGAAGUUUUCCUCCACUAAUCCUGUGUAACAUAGUAAAGUAGUGUAUGGCUGUGCCACCUGAUUCCCUCAGGGGACUGGAGUAAAUGCUAAUGCCAAAUUCCUGUAACUGUCCCCAGAAGCCCUGGCACCCACUGAUUCUGAAUUUCAGUGUCUGUAUUCAAGUUGGGGGAAGAGAAAUCAACAGCUUAAAUAAAUGCAACACACAUUUAUCGAGCAUCUUUUUAACCAGGUGUUUGACGAAGUGUUAGGAACAGGGAAUAUAAAAAUAUAUAAGGAGGUCCUUGCUUUCAGGGACAGGGCUCACAGUGGGAGACAAAAGACACUAAACAGUGGCCCAGAGCAAGAAUGGCAUCUACUUUGGACCGUGACUUACUCUGCAGUGGAAACCUGAUACCCCUCAGAUUCCUGUGGUCCAGCAGGCAUGGAUCCCAUCCUUCAUCUCAUCAUACGCAAGGGAGCCUUGGGCAAAGCCAGAAGGAAGUCAUCUAGAUACAGAGCAGGGAGUAUCUUGACAGAGAAUAUUAAUUAAAAACUAAAAACAUAGUGAAUGACUUUUGAACUAACUUCUGAAUUAUCCACAUUUAUACCUCAGGUCAAGCUAUAUUUAUAAAAUAUCCUUUUUUUUUUUUCUUUCAUUAAGUAAUGUUUCCUCUGUGUGAUCGGCAUUGACCGUGUUCACUGUAAUGAAUUAAGUGUAUUUGGCUAGUUUAACUCUGGCUUCCAGAUAAAAGCUGCUGCCCUCAUCAGGGUGGGUGUCAGGUUUGGUGAGCACCCUUUUCCUACUUCAGAUUAGUUUGUGACAUUCUGUUUUAAACUGAGGCAUGUAGAUUGGCCUGCUUUAUUCAGGCCAUUAACCACCCCUGGGUAAAAACCUGUAAGUUUAAAAAGCCUAGUUUCAUGUUGGAGGUUACCCAAUAUGAUCAUGGUGGCAGGAUAUUUAAUUCUGGUCUCAGAACCUGUAUUUGGCCUCUAGCCCUUCUCAACUCUUGAGUAAAUUCCUCUCACCAUCUUCAGGCUAAUACAUUAUGGCCCAGGUACUCAAUAAAGAGGCCACAUAUCCUUGUACCCCUCAAAGCCCCUCUAUUACCAUCAAAAAGCUGGAUAGUUUCUCAAAAAAUGAUCCAGCUCUCUGCCUUUAGGUAGAAAAUCAUCCCCAUUUUCAAGAUGAUUUGAUGUGACUUGUCCCAGAUGACACACCUCUAGGAGGUGGAACACAGCUCAUCCACCUCUGAAGGGAGAACUAUCAACAGCGAUCCAGCACUGCCUCCUGGGCCUGUGGGGUCUGCACCACGCAGCUUGCAGGAUCCCAGUUCCCCGACCAGGGAUUGAACCAAGGCCACAGUAGUGAAAGCGCCGAAUCCUAACCACUGGACCACCAGGGAACUCCCUUAACACUUUACUUUUGAUGUAACAGUAAACAGACCAAGAUUUUCCCUGUGCAUUAAAAAAAAUUUUGUUUUGAAUUAUGAUGAAAUAAAGGACUGUUUGAUUAUCAUGUAAAUCUUCUUCCCAAAAGGAUUUAAAGCAAUUUGAAGGAAAGAACAGAAUAUAUAGAGCAUCUACCAUAUACCAAACUCUGUGCUGAGCGAUUCUAUGUGUUACUUCAUUGAUCCUUAAGACCACCAUAUGGGGUAGGAAGUAUUUGCCACAUGUUGGAGAUUGGACUGAGGCUUAGGGAGUGUCACCUGGCUAAUAGGUGAGGGGAGGGAUCGAGACUAAGGCUCCAGAGCCCCUAACCAUUAUGUGGAAAGUAUGGGUAAACGUUUGUAUAAGGAUAAGUAACAGUAAAAUGAAAGAAUCUUUCCAGUAGGAGGAUCAUAGUGGAUAGUCUUUAGUUUUAAAGAACACUACAGGAGUAGAAAAGGGCAGUUAACAAUUUUUAUUAGCUGAUUAUUUUUUCUAGAGCAAUGAGAGGAGCAGUUGCAAGCGUCUGGUUAGUCCCAGCGAUCAUUGAUUCAAAUCUCCAGGCUCUGGGCCCGCGUUAGAGUCAAAGAGGAGAAGGGAGACUGGAAAGAAUUUAAAUGUCUGCUGAAUAUCAUCAUUUGAACCUCUCUGAUCACUGUUUUCUUCUGAAGAUUAAUUAUUUGCCACACUGCCCGCCUUCUCUUCCUUCCCAUCUCUUGCCCCAACAAGGACGACUCUGCCGCCCCUCAUUCCGCUGUUGCUGACCUUUUGUCGCCAUCUCAUCUUCCGAGGCUGCCAAAGUAAAUACAAAACAAGCGAAGGAAAUCUCAAUCCGUGAUUUCUGAAGAGCACUUUAAAGCAGCAGGUCCUUUGGGAGAAACUCCUCGAGGUGCCCAGGCUGAGACGGGGGGAACGACUGUGUGAGCUCUCGAUGGUGUGAGACCACCCCAGAGCCAGACAAUGGCUACAGCCUUGGAACCGGAGGACCAGGAUCUUUGGGAAGAAGAGGGGAUUCUCAUGGUGAAAUUGGAAGAUGAUUUCACCUGUAGGCCAGAGUCUGUCUUACAGAGGGAUGACCCUGUGCUUGAGACGUCGCACCAGAACUUCCGGCGCUUUCGCUACCAGGAAGCAGCAAGCCCUCGGGAAGCUCUCAUCCGACUCCGAGAACUGUGUCAUCAGUGGCUGAGGCCAGAGAGGAGGACAAAGGAGCAGAUCCUAGAGCUGCUUGUGCUGGAACAAUUCCUUACUGUCCUGCCCGGAGAACUGCAGAGCUGGGUGCGGGGCCAGCGGCCAGAGAGUGGCGAGGAGGCCGUGACGCUGGUGGAGGGUUUGCAGAAACAACCCAGGAGACCAAGGCGGUGGGUGACUGUCCAUGUUCACGGCCAGGAAGUCCUGUCCGAGGAGACAGUGCAUCCAGGAGCAGAGCCCGAGUCACCUAGUGAGCUUCAGGAUCCUGCACAGACCUUGACCCCCGAGGAGUCCCAUGAGGAGACCACACAGAGCCCAGAUCUGGGGGCACCAGAAGAGCAGAGCCUGUGCCAGGAGUUGGAGUUCCAGCCCCUGCAGGAGAGCGAGGUUCCAGUGCCCCAGGACCCAGCCAUUCCUGAAGAGAGGAACCCUGGAAACCCAGAGAUGGUUGCCCUUCUUACUGCUCUAUCACAGGUGCACCCUAGUUUCUGUCUAUACCAUGGAGAAUUUGAGGAACCGUUGGGCAUAUACACUGAACAGGGAUUGGUAACUUUCAAGGAUGUGGCUGUAUGCUUCUCCCAGGACCAGUGGAGUGAUCUGGAUCCAACACAGAAAGAGUUCUAUGGGGAAUAUGUCUUGGAAGAAGACUGCGGAAUUGUGGUCUCCUUGUCGUUUCCAAUCCCCAGACUAGACGAGAUCUCCCACAUGGGAGAAGAAGAGCCUUUGAUCCCAGAGAUCCCAGAGGCGCAGGAGCCUCAAGAGCCAGAAAUCCUGAGCUUCACCUACACAGGAGAUAGGAGUGAAGAUGAGGCGUGUCCUGAGCAAGCAGAUCUGAGUUUGGAGGAUCUACACAGGUCUAUCUUGGGAGAUGCAGAAAUUCACCAGACUCCAGAUUGGGAAAUAGUCUUUGAGGGUGAUCCAGGCAGACUUAACGAAAGAAGAUUUGGCACAAAUAUUUCUCAAGUUAAUAGUUUAACGAAUCUUCAGGAAACUCUGCCUGUCCACCCCCUGUUAGGGAGACAUCAUGACUGUACUGUAUGUGGUAAAAGUUUCACUUGUAACUCCCACCUUGUUAGACACCUGAGAACUCACACAGGAGAGAAACCCUAUAAAUGUAUGGAGUGUGGGAAAAGUUACACACGGAGCUCACAUCUCGCCAGGCACCAGAAGGUCCACAAGAUGAGCGCUCCUUAUAAAUAUCCCCUAAACCGGAAGAAUCUGCAUGAGACCUCCCCUCUGGUCCAGGUUGAGAGAACUCCACCUGUUGAGAAACCCUAUAGGUGUGACGAUUGUGGAAAACACUUUCGCUGGACUUCAGACCUUGUCAGGCACCAGAGGACACAUACGGGAGAGAAACCCUUCUUCUGUACUAUUUGUGGCAAAAGCUUCAGCCAGAAAUCCGUGCUCACAACACACCAAAGAAUCCACCUUGGAGGCAAACCCUACUUGUGUGGAGAGUGUGGAGAGGACUUCAGUGACCACAGGCGGUACCUGGCCCACCGGAAGACGCACGCGGCCGAGGAGCUCUAUCUGUGCAGCGAGUGUGGGCGCUGCUUCAACCACAGUGCCGCCUUCGCCAAGCACCUGAGGGGACACGCCUCAGUGAGGCCCUGCCGCUGCCCCGAGUGUGGGAAGAGCUUCGGUCGGAGAGACCACCUCGUGAGGCACCAGAGAACACACACUGGUGAGAAGCCGUUCACAUGCCCGACCUGCGGGAAGAGCUUCAGCAGAGGCUACCACUUAAUCAGGCACCAGAGGACCCACUCAGGAAAGACCUCCUAGCCUGGUCCCCACGUGCGGACACCUGCCUUCGACUCUUUCCCAGGGGUGGUCUGGGAGAAGCCAUCUUGUCGGCCUGGGAAGACCUUUUCUAGGGAGUCUCCCUCACCUGCCCAGAUGUGCGUUAGUAACCUCUUCCCACAACUAGAUCACCCCACCCCCACCCCACCCGGGCAGAACCUCUCAACUAUGUUCUACUUUCCAAAGUUCGCCUGAAUUGAGGCCUCUCCGUGACUGGAGUGCUCCUGCCUCGACCUCACAGGUGUGAAGUAGGAGAAUUAGAAGACUUAAGAGGUUGUGUUUACUAUAUUUGCCCCCAAAUAAGCUGUUAACUAUCCUAAAGACGCCUAACGCCCUCAAGUUUAAAGUGGCCCAGGACAGGUCCUUAGGUUUGGUAAGGGACCAGCCUUUAGGAUUCUGUCCUUCCUGGGCUCAAAUCUUAAAGCACACAGCCCUGAACUCAAGGCAGGAGACCCGCAUCCUGAUGGCUCUGCCGCACUUUCACAGGUUAACUGUACAACUCUCUCACUGAUACACUGCUUCACCAUGCACUUUCCUUUGAUUCUCGGGAGAGAUGCGAGUAGUGGUUGACGGGCAAAAACAUCGAGGCGGCUUCGUGUGGACCUUGUCAGGCUGCUCCCUUCCCCAUUGUCAAAAUGACACCAGGUGCCAGACGCAGCUUGAAAGGGGGGCCUAGUCAGAAGCCUCUUUCCUUGUGGGUUUUUUCCUGUUAGAAUGCCCCUGCCCAGCCCCCCUACUGUUCUGCCAGGCUCUCGGUUUUGUCCCUAGUGCUACAUCUGUGAGAUGUAGCAUUUGGGUGCUGAGGGAUUCAGUAACACCUAAUUGAAACCACGUUGAAGUCAUUUACAUUUCCACAUAUAUACACGCCCACCCACCCGACCCUCUUCCCAUGAGUUUGUGAGGGGAUUUGGAAGUGGUGUCAGCUUACAAAGGCACUGUCAUGAUUGUAGAAUCCUGAUUGAUGGGGUCACUUCACUUACAUGAAGAGAGCUGGAGAAGAUCUGAGCUCCAAUUGUGGAAACUAAGCAAAAGCUGUUGCUGCUGGCCAAGGCCAUCCAGACUGUUCUCCUGACACCCCACCCCAUCCGCCCUGCCUCAUUCUCUGAUGUCAGGGAAACCUGGGACCCUGAAGAAUUUACCAGGAGUAAAGGCUUUCAUGUAUUUGCGUUGUUUGCUUUUUCUUACGUGAUUUCAUUCUCAUGUAAUUAAGGACUAAGGAGUAGACUCUCAUGGCCCAAGGAUCUCUGUUGCCUGGUAAAGGUUCCAUGGAGGUGAGGCUGAAUAAUUAUGAACCUCACCUGCUCUGAUUGUGUGGGAGCGGCAAGGACUGGGGAGACCAUCCUCCAAAAGUGGAGCACGGGGUAUGGGAUUAAAGCAUGAAAAGGGA